UCUACCACUUUACUUCCCAACAUCGUAACGCAUUUUUCGCCAACGAUGGGCGACGAGGAGGAACCUCAGGUCGAAGGGCUUAGUCUUGCGGAAGAUGACCCCAUGCGCGCAUUCUUACCUGCUUCCUUUGGGAAAAAAAGCAAAGAGGCUGACAUCGCCGCACAAAUCGACCGGAGUAAGAGAACAGCCAACGAGCCAACAAUAGCCAAGUCUAAGUCUGGGGAUUCGGACUCAAAUGACUCGAGCGAUAGCGACAAUGAUUCAGAUGACUCGGAUGACGAAGACGAAUACCCAACAUCUCACGAGAUGGUUAUUAAAACCCACGAUCGUGCUGUUACUUCGUUGUCGCUAGACCCAGCGGGCGGUCGGUUAAUAUCGGGGUCUAUCGACUGCACUGUCAAGCUCCACGAUUUCUCGUCCCUUACCCCGACAACGAUACGGGCUUUUAAGAGCGUUGAUCCCUACGAAACAAAGUCAUCAUCAGCGAAUUCCGAAUCGCAUCCGGUCCAUCAUGUCGAGUUCAAUCCUCUCGCUGGUGGUAUUUUCCUUUGCAUAUCAGCGCACCCCCAGGCGAAGAUUAUGUCCAGAGAUGGAGAUUUAAUUACCCAAUUUGUCAAGGGUGACAUGUAUCUUCGAGAUAUGCACAAUACGAAGGGCCAUGUUUCUGAGGUUACAACAGGUACUUGGCAUCCCACAGACAAGAAUCAGUGUGUUACCGCCGGAACAGAUAGUACUUUGCGCAUAUGGGAUGUCAACAACAAACGCAGCCAAAAAGAAGUGUUGGUGUUCAAAUCGAAAGCUGCUGGCGCUGCAGGCAGAACGCGGAUGACUGCUGUCGCCUGGGGUACCCCAGUUCAAGGAGGCAAUAACGUUCUGAUUUCCGCAGCGCUGGAUGGUACUCUCGUGAUGUGGAGCGGAAAUGGCUCGUUCACACGGCCGGCUGGAGAGAUAAGAGAAGCUCAUAAACCGAAUACCUGGACUGGAGGUAUCGAUAUUAGCUCUGACGGGCGAAUGGUUGUAACGAGAGGGGGCGACAACAUGAUCAAAUUAUGGGAUAUUCGAAAAUUUAAGGAGCCACUCGUUUCGGUCGAACAUCAAUCCACAUCGGAUCACUACCCAACGACCAAUAUUAAAUAUGCGCCUAAUUCUACAAGUAUCAUAACCGGAUCGGCAACUGGCCAUCUUCAAAUAUUGAAUCCAGGAAACCUACGUCCGGAAUACACUACGCUAGUCACACCCGGAUCGCCUGUGAUUACUGUAGAUUGGCACCCGAAGAUCAAUCAGAUUGUCACUGGGUCUGCAAACGCGGAAACGCACAUCCUGUAUAACCCUACGAUGUCGACAAGGGGUGCGGUGGACGUUAUGUCGCGCGCCCCGAAGAGGCGACACAUCGAUGACAAUCCAGAAUUGACCACCGACCAAUCCCUUGGACUUUCAGGGGAAUCAAUUUUCACACCAGGCUCUUUAGCUAAUAGCAGAAAAGCGGGUGUUACGGCAUCUGGAAAGUCGAAAGACCCCAGGAGGCCACAUGUUCCCCAACAAACGCCAUUUUUGCGAAGCCAGCCUGAUGAGAAACAUAUUAGUGAGAAUAUUCCAUUAAGUCGAAUGUUGCAUGAGGAUCCUAGAGAAGCGCUCCUCAAGUACGCGGAUCUGGCGAAGAAAGACCCCGUGUUUACAAAGGCAUGGAAGGACACGCAGCCGGUGACACAAUAUGCCGACGUGAGUGACGAAGAGGAGGAUGAUGGCCCGGAUAAGAAGAAAGUCAAGAGAUGAGAGAGGUUACCAGGCUAUAUAUGCAGGUACCUGAAAUGCCGGUGUGCCAAGGCUCUUUUGAGAGGCUAGUUCUUUAAGGAUGACUUACCUGACUUACCGUUAAAGUUGUUUGCCCGAAAACUACCUAGGCCGUUAGGUACCAAAAGGAGCCUCCGAUGACCUCAAUAGGUCACUAUCUACCCAUGAAUGUUUUACUAAGCUUAUCAGGUACGGAACUAGGUACGGUACCUAAGUAGGAUCUUAGUGCCCCAUUCACCUGGGACCUCUACGAAAGGUAGGCCCAUUGAUCGACGUGCUCCAGCUUCACCAAUUGGCAAAAAGAUAAAGAUGCCUUUUAGGAAAUACAUACAUUGUCAAGUACAUACCUAUGUUACGGUUACGGAGCAUCCAUGAUACUACAUAUGUAGGUAGUAUAUAUUCUGUACGGACAACCAACUUGAGAGCCGGCGCCAAGUAGAAGAAAUUGCUUUAAUGGGUAUGAACAUUGGAAAUUGAUUAAGCAGAUGGAACCAGUGAAUCUUAACAAGAUCUCGCUUGUUUUAAAUGCCAUGCUAUGGACGGUUUCAAUAGCUACAUUAAUCAAUGUCCGC